AGAGAGAGAGAGAGAGAGCGCAUUUUUACUUGGACAACUUGUGAACAUCACAAGUGCAUUCAUCCAGAUGAACUACUGAAAGGAGCAUGAUUUAAUUCCAGGAAGAAGCUUGUUAAAGACAGCAGAGAUGAUUGCCACGACUCAACAGAAUAUGGGCACGGACCUGGACAUGCAUGCUUCAGCCGGUCCACCUCGGAACUGGAAGGGCAUUGCAAUCGCCAUGAUGGUGAUCGUUGGUGUUCUAUCACUGGUCGGCCUUUCAGUCAUCAUGCUCACACCUGAUGAGUCUCACCUGUUUCUGCGAUCCCGUUUCACCAUGGAGGAUCUGGAAAGUGAGAAGUAUACAGUUCACGACCCCUGUGUGACCUGGUUGGAUGAGAAUGAGGUUGCGCUCAGAACCAGAGAGGGUCAUGUCCUGUCCUACAGCCUCCACUCCAACAUCACAGCUACCCUGCUGGACAACAGCUCUUUAGAUUUGACUCACACAAAGUUCCAUGUGUCUGCAGACAAGAGGUUUGUCCUGUUGGCAUAUAACAUUCAACCGACUUUCUCUCAGUCCUUCACAGCCUCUUAUGCCAUCUACAAUGUGGCUAAAGGGGUUCUGUUGGAGCUUAACCCUCCAGCGGGGGAGAAGGCAUUGAUACAGUAUGCAGCCUGGGGACUGCAGGGGAACCAGCUGGCCUAUGUGUUUGAAGGCGAUAUCUAUUACCAGACAGAAGUGACCAGUAAACCUCUCCGCCUCACAGCUACAGGCAGAGAGGGGCUGGUGGUCAACGGGCUGAGUGACUGGAUUUACGAGGAGGAAGUGCUCUUGACUUUCUCUGCCAACUGGUGGUCGAAAGAUGGAGCUCGCUUGGCAUACCUCACCAUCAACAACUCUGCCACACCGCUAAUGGAGAUACCCCACUUCUUGGGCGGGGUCUAUCCCUCCAAUGUGUUCUUUCCUUACCCCAAGGCUGGCUCCACCAUCCCCACUGUCAGUCUGUUUGUGGUGAAUCUCUAUGGUCCAGCUCACACUCUAGAGAUGAUCCCUCCAGACUCUGUCAGGGCCAGAGACCGCUACAUCUCCAUGGUGACAUGGAUCAGCAGUACUCAGUUGGCGGUACGUUGGUUGAACCGGGCCCAGAACCAAUCAGAGCUCUGUGUGUGUGAGUCCACCACUGGGGCAUGCUCAAAGAAACACACAAUGGUCAUGGACUUAAUGCAAAACCAACGACAGGAGGUGCCAUUGUUUUCAUCUGAUGGCUCUUGGUUUUAUUUGACGUUGCCAGCCAAGCAGGGUGCCCGGGGGGAGUUCCGCCACAUUGCCAGUCUGCCAGCCCAGCCUGCCAUCCCCCCUGUCCCUCCUCGCUUUCUGACGUCCGGGAACUGGGAUGUCACUGUGCUGUGUGCCCUGGAUGAGGACAAUAGGAAAAUCUACUUCCUCAGCACAGAAGAAUCCAGACAGAGCAGACACCUGUACAGUGCGGACUUUGAAGGGAUCUUCCAACGCCAGUGUCUGACCUGCAACCUUCUAGAUGACUGUAGCUUUUUCAAAGCUGUGUUCAGCCCCAAUCAGACAUAUUUCACACUUUAUUGCCUAGGCCCCGGAGUCCCCAAGGUGACAGUACACAACACGAAGGACCCCUCCAGAUACAUAGUUCUGGAGGACAACACACCUCUCUCUGAGACCCUAGAAGGGAAGAGACUCCCAGAGACUGUCUUCAAGACCCUCGCAGCUGACAACUAUGAUCUACACCUGAAGCUGUCUCUGCCCCAGGGUUAUGAAGCCCACCUUCUCCCUCUACUCAUCAUUGUGGAUGGAGUUCCAGGCAGUCAGUCGGUGACAGAGGAGUUUACUAUGGGAUGGCCUGAGGUGCUCGCCAGCACACAUGACAUGGCAUUAGCCUGGGUGGAUGGAAGAAGUGGGGUCGGCCUGGGGCAGAAGAUCAGCAGUGUGGAUCCCCGCAAGCUCAGCUCCCUCACAGUCAAAGAUCAACUAGGAGUCGUAGAGUGGUUGAUGCAAUUGCCUUACAUUGACGAUCAGCGGAUUGCCCUGUAUGGCAAGGCAUUUGGUGGUUAUUUAUCCCUCAAGAUGCUAGCUGCGACUGAUCAGCUGUUUAAAUGUGCAGCCGCUGUGGCUCCCAUAACAGAUUUCAAACUCUACAGUGCUGCCUUCUCAGAGAGGUAUCUAGGUCUCCCAGCAAAGGAGGAGCACACUUACCUGAUGGCAUCUGUAUUGGAAGAUGUUCACAAGCUUAAAGACGAGAAUUUCCUCUUACUGCAUGGGACUGCAGACGCACGGGUCCACUUCCAGCACAGUGCAGAGCUCCUGAGCCGCUUGGUGAAGGUGGAGGCCAACUACUCCCUGCAGCUGUACCCAGACGAGGGCCACAUCCUGAAGGAGCGGCGCAGCAUCCAGCAUUCCCAACGGACCUUGGUGCACUACCUCCAGACCUGCCUGAGACACAACGUCCUCCUGGCCUCCAUAGUGGAGCCAGAUGAGGAUGACUGAGUACUCCCACCUCUGGUACUGGAGAAACAUACUGAGAAGUGACGACUACUCUGUCGGACUACUACUAAACACUAGUCUCUUCCCACAGCCACUGACUAGAGACAAGAGCACGGGAGUGUGGACCAAGAAUAUCAGACCACAGCCUACUUUUAUCAGUUCACAGCAACUUUGGAAAUAUACAAUUUCUUCCCACCAUUGUUUGUACUGUUUGAAUUGUGUUGUCCCUGAUUGUUUACACUGUGUGGAUCCAUUAUCCAAGAAGUGACCAUGGCCAGGCCAAAUGUUGAUUCUUCUUAAAGUUUACAAAAUAGCCUGAACAUGCAUGUCGUAAUGGCUGCAUGAAGCGGAGUGGUUUACAAUGCAUUCUUCUAUUUUUCGUUAUCCUGCAUAUCUUAACUUUGCUUAAUUUAUUACAGCUAAAAUCAGCGUGCUACGCUGUUAUGUAACACAUAUAUGGUAUGGACUUAGUGUCACUUUUAAUGUGCCAAAUACAUGGUAUGUUUACAAGUGUGUUCACCAUGCCAAUUCAGAGAUGUAUCCAGACUUAUAGACUGUAUUUUCCAUGCCUCUUGCAUGAUUAUUUUCAACAGUUCCAUGUUGUAUUUGGUAACUUUGGAUGGAUAUAAUAAGAAUGAACAACCCCAACAAAAUAUAAUAUGAAGCACAUUUGUUAGAAGUUUAUUUCAGUAGUUAUGUUUUUGUUUGUUUUCUUAAAUUAAUUUCCUUUGAUAGUCACGCAUACUUUCUUCAUGUGUGCUCCAAAAGUUUAACACCUCACUGAAAAGUAUACAUCUCCCCCAGCAACGUGGACUCUCAAUCAAAGUUGUGGAACAUCUAUGGUGCACUGCAUGUAGUCUGUUUGCAAUUGAAUAGCCAACUUUACAUUUUUCCUUUUUUUUUGUUUUACUAAAUCCUUCACAAAAAUAAUCAAUUCCUUGUUUUACAGAAAUAUUGUUGUGUGUGUUCCAUCACUGGCUGCUUUGGAGAGGAAAGGUGGAGCCUCGGCGAAAGUAUCAGAAUUGAAAUAGUGAAUGAAUAACUGUCUGUUGUGUCAAGUAUAAUUUCUUGAACCGGUCUUGUUGGUACCAGGUGUUUUUAACCUAGACCCAAUAGAUUUGGCAAGAAUUGGAUAAGUGCAAUAAGUCCAGUGGUGGAAAAAGUACCCAAUUCUCAAACUUAAGUAAAAGUAUAGAUACCUUAAUAGAUAGUUACUAAAGUGAAAGUCAAUCAAUCAAUCAAAUAAAGCCCUUUUUACGUCAGCCGAUGUCACCAAGUACUAUACAGAAACCCAGCCUAAACCCCCAAACAGCAAGCAAUGCAGAUGUAUAAGCACGGUGGCUAGGAAAAACUCCCUAGAAAGGCAAGAAACUAGGAAUAAACUAGGACCUGAGGGGUGGCCAGUCCUCUUCUCGCUGUGCUGGGUGGAGAUUAUAACAGUACAUGGCCAAGAUGUUCAACAGUUCAAAGAUAACCACCAGGGUCAAAUAAUAUUAAUCACAGUGGUUGUAGAGGGUGCAACAGGUCAGCACCUCAGGAAUAAAUGUCAGUUGGCUUUUCAUAGCCAAGCAUUCAGAGUUAGAGAUAGCAGGUGCGGUAGAGAGAGUCGAAAAACAGCAGGUCCGGGACAAGGUAGCACGUCCGGUGAACAGGUCAGGGUUCCAUCGCCGCAGGCAUAACAGUUGAAACUGGACCAGCAGCACAACUUGGUAGACUGGGGACAGCAAGGAAUCAUCAGGCCAGGUUGUCCUGAGGCAUGGUCCCAGGGCUCAGGUCCUCCGGGAGGGAGAGAGAAUUAGAGGGAGCAUACUUAAAUUCACACAGGACACCGUAUAAGACAGGAGAAAUACUCCAGAUAUAACAGACUGACCGUAGCCCCCCGACACAUUAACUAUUGCAGCACAAAUACUGGAGGCUGAGAUCGGGGUCGGGAGGGGUCGGGAGACACUGUGGCCCCAUCCGACGACACCCCUGGACAGGGCCAACCAAGUCAGCCAGUAAAAUACUACUUCACUAAAAGUAUUUGGGAUUUAAAUAUAGUUAAGGAUCAAAACGAAAUGUAAUCUCUAAAAUAUACUAAAGUAUCAAAAGUAAAAUAUUGCUGAUAUUUAUCAAAUUAUGUCCGAUCUACACCUGUAAUUUGUAUGGUCAUGUCCAGAAACAAUUAAUUUAAAUUGUGUGACAGAAUGA